GGCGGGGCCUCGGAGCCAAGACGAGGUUGAGUAGACUCGUUUUGAAUUUUCUCCCCUCUGCUCCAGCACUUUGUGGACUUCCCUUCUCGCCCUGUAGGGUGCUCGGCGGCGGCGGGACUGGGGGAGUCGGAGGUUUGGCAGAGCUGUCCGCGCCGACGGACGGGAUGCUGCUUCCCAAUCCCCCUUUCUUCCUGCUGCCUCCUCCUCCCGUCACCUCCUGACCCGCCCGGUCCCUGAGCAACCGCCGGCCCCCGCCCCUUGCCGCUGACGGGCUUUGGUGGCGCCUUUCGCGCCCCGCCUCGGGCUGUAUUCGGGGCCCCUCCUGACGAGGCCUACCGUCCCCCGCCCGGACGGGGUCCGUGGGCCCCGAGCCGGCAGGCUGGAGAAAGUGGAGGUUAGGUGUCUUAAGGAGGGCUGCUGAGCACAAGGGCGCACCACCACGGAGGAGGACUCGGACCCCCUGGCCGGGAGCGCCCGCUGUGUGGUCCUAUGUGCCGCCCCGCAUUUUAGGGUUCCUUUUUUCUCUUUAUGAGCCCCUUUAUACCUUCCUUUUAGAAGGGGAAAGGCGUCCUCCCACACCUUCUCCCAACGCUUUUUGACUUUUUUUUUUUUCGUCUUGAAGUUACCCAAAGGCCUAUGUCUUAUUCUCAAAAGGUCCCGAGAAUAAUUCUAAUGGAAUUUAGUUGUUUUUCUGAGGGAGGUUGGUUGGAGAGAUACUACUCAGCUCUCCUAGUCGCUUUUUAAGGCGUUCGCCAGAAAUCUUUCAAGAGGGGGACUUCUUAAAGAGACGGCAGUUUAGAGUAAGGCAGAACUGGAUUGCAGAAUUUGGGGCAAAGCGGUCUGUGUGCAGGUGAAGAUAGCUAAAGCUUUCCUUUGUUACGUUGCUUCAAGAUAUACAACAGUUUCUUACGAAGACGCAUUAUCUGGAGAACUACAGCUUGGAAAAUGUUUCUCUUUAUUAAAAAAUGCUGCUGUGAAGACAUAGUUAUAGCUUUCACAUAACUGAAGCCCCAACCAUCAUGAUUUAGUGCCCCCCAAAGGAAGAACUUCAGUGGAAAAGAGAGGGCAUUUCUGGGGAUAGUAGAAUGCUUGAGACCUGAAUUUAAACUCAAGCUCCUUCAUGAAGGUAUUAAAUAAUAGAAGAAAAUGGAAUUGAAUAUGAUACCAGCAUGGAACAGUCUGUUGAUUCAUUAAGAGUCAACCAUAAUGAUUCCGAAGAGUCAAAAACCGAUUCUCAGCAUCUAAGCUGUAUGGACUCCAGUGAGCCUUCUUUUGGACAAGAUGGUUCCCCUAGAGUUUUACCCAUUACUACUGCAGUGGAUAAUUCACUCACAUCACAGAAUAUACCAGGGCCCCUGACUCAGACGCAGACUCUUUCUGCAGAGCAAUUCCACCUAGUGGACCAAAAUGGGCAACCUAUUCAAUAUGAGCUGCAGUCAUUGGGGGAUUCUAAUGAGCAAAUGAUGAUUGUUGCCAGCCCAUCAGAAAAUGGACAGGUGCUGCGUGUAAUUCCAUCUACCCAGACAGGAACGACACAAGUGAUUGUACCUCAGGGGCAGCUUGUGGAUGUGAAUAGUCCUCAGGAUGUCUCUGAAGAGAAACCCAGUGACGGAAACUUACCAACUGUAAGAGUGGAUUCUCUAGCAGACAAUAACAGUAGUUACAUUCUUCAUCCACAUGCAUCCCUCACAUUGCCCAAAAAGACAGUGACCAGAAUACUUGAAGAACCCUUUUUGGCUCCACUCCAGCCACUUUCUUCUAACACACCUAUAUGGGCCUGUCGUCUUAGGAGCUGUGAGAAAAUUGGAGAUUCAUACCGUGGCUACUGUGUAAGUGAGACUGAAUUAGAAAGUGUCCUAACAUUUCACAAGCAGCAAACACAGAGUGUUUGGGGGACCCGCCAAUCUCCAAGCCCAGCCAAGCCAGCUACACGCUUGAUGUGGAAAUCCCAGUAUGUCCCAUAUGAUGGAAUCCCAUUUGUCAAUGCAGGGAGUAGAGCUGUGGUAAUGGAGUGUCAGUAUGGGCCAAGAAGAAAAGGUUUCCAGUUAAAAAAAAUCAGUGAGCAGGAAAGCAGGUCUUGUCAGCUCUACAAAGCUACUUGUCCAGCCCGGAUUUACAUUAAAAAGGUACAGAAAUUUCCUGAAUAUAGAGUUCCUACAGACCCCAAAAUUGACAGGAAAAUAAUCCGAAUGGAGCAGGAAAAAGCCUUUAACAUGCUAAAGAAGAACUUGGUAGAUGCUGGUGGUGUUCUUAGGUGGUAUGUACAGUUACCUACUCAGCAAGCUCAUCAGUAUCACGAAUUAGAGACUCCCUGCCUCCCUUUAUCACCUUCCCCUUUUCCUAUGUCUUCUCUUGAAGAAGAGGAAGCUGCAGUUAGAGAUGAGAACUGUACAUUACCCUCACGUCUACAUCCUCAAGUAGCACAUAAAAUUCAAGAACUAGUAUCACAGGGAAUACAACAAGUGUAUGCAGUAAGGAAACAGCUAAGAAAAUUUGUGGAAAGGGAACUGUUCAAACCUGAUGAGAUACCUGAAAGACAUAAUUUAUCCUUUUUUCCAACUGUAAAUGAUAUAAAAAAUCACAUCCAUGAGGUACAGAAAUCCUUGAGAAAUGGAGAUAAUGUAUAUAACUCAGAGAUUAUUCCAGCAACGCUUCAAUGGACUACAGGUAGUGGGAAUAUUCUCAGAGAGACUGUGACAGUUACACUUGCAGAAGGAAAUUCACAAGGAGAAGCAAUUUCCAGUAAAGUGGAAACAAAUCAGACAAGGGGUUCUUUGUCUCCAGAGCCAGCGCACUUGCUCUCCUCACUUUCUUCAUUUCAGCCAAAAAUAUUCACACAACUACAGGGUUUGCAGUUGCAACCAAGAUUCACAUCUUCUGAUGGAUCACCAGCUCUGAUAUCAGUAAAUAAUCACCCCUCCUCCAGUCCUUCAAGACUUCUGGAUUCAGUAGGAAGUGCUGUAAUGAAUAAUAAUUCUCUGCUGCUUGGCCAAACUCAUUGCCUUCAAACAGAUACAUGCCUAACCCAAAACAAUAGUAUUUCCUCUACCAUGGGUAACCUUCCAGGACCCGAUCAAAAUCUGGUUGCAGUGGAUCAGCUGGUGGAAGUUGGAGAUGUUGAGGAUACAGAGAAUCUGGAAGGAAAUGUUCAUCGGAUUCUGCUGGGAAAUGUUCAGACCAUUCCAAUACAGAUUAUAGACAGCCACCCAGCUCUUAUUGAAGAAAGUCCAGAAGGUACCAUUUCUGUGAACCAAGUUAAGCAAGAACCCAAAGAACCAGCAUUAUCUAUGGAAGCAAAAAAAAAAUUGGACUGUAAGAAAUUGUCUGCUACAUAAAUUAUUGAAGCUUUUCAGAAUUUACAACUCUGGUGACUUAUGAUGUCAUAAAAAAGAAGGUGAAUAUUAUCAAAGCGCAGCAUUGUGAUAAGUGGACUGAAGACUGGUUUAAUGAGCAGCUUUAAUUUAAAACUGACAUAUUUGUUGCUAACUCCCUAUUUUUACCUUAAGAGAUAUUUUAUUCCUCUUAUUUUGUAUAAUUCUUAUGGUUUUUGAUUAUCUGAUAAGGCCAGUAUUUCAAAAGGUCAUCUGAACGUAUCCACAUAUCUAAUUCAUCCUCUGGAAAUUAGAUAUUAAUUUUGGUUCUUAAAAAAGAACAACAAAAAAAGUAUGUGAGUUUGUGUGUGUGUGUGUGGUGAAUUUUUUUGAGUUCUGAAAGAGUUAUUCCCUCUUUAAAGUUGUGAAGAAAAUUUUUAAAUUGGCAGACGAGAGAAUAUCUGAGGUCUGUCUCAUUUGGAAAGAAAAACAACAGAUUUUACAUCAUAACAUGAAGCCCAACAUUCACAUCUGUGAAAACUAUGUGGUUGCAUUUUAGCUUCUUCCAUUCUAAUUUUUAUACUUAAAACUACAAACCAGUAGUAUACCAAUGGUCAUCUAGUAGAAAUUUACAGUGUCUUGGUAAGUACUGAGAGUUUUAACUUGAAUCAGAUAAGCAAGAGAAAUAAAUGUUUUUUGCAUGGAUUUAUACAGUAUUGUAGUUAAAAUACUACUUAUGGGUUGAAAAAUGUAGAAAUUGAGAGAAUUCAGAAAGAAUAAUAGAAUUCCCUGGUGUUAACAGAUAAUUAGGGGAACUUUUUGAUAUCAGCAGAAGAUUUUUCUCUUUUUUUUUCCCCCUAUUUUGUAUUGAAGAUUCAGCUCUGGUUAGAAAAGAAUUUGAGUUGUAUUUAUUUUUCUGUGCCAGAGUUCUUAAUGAAUUGAUGGUAUUAAAAUUUAUAGUAUUUAAAGGUAAAGAUUUGUAGUUGAAACUUUAGUUCAUAUUUAAAACUUUAAAACAACUGGUGUGUUAUAUUUGCUUGUUAAAUAAGCAUAUUUACUUCAAAUACUGAACAAGUACUAAUCAGUAUAUUCAUUAUAAGCUUCUCUUUUCCAGAAGGUUGGUAACCUAGAAAUGUCAAUUAUAACUGUCAAGAAAUCACCUAAAGGCUUUUUUUCCCUGUAGAGACCAUGUGUGGGUUUAUUUAAAUUUUUAUUUAAAAAUAAGAAUUUCAAAUGGAUUUUAAUGUUUAAUAUUCAAAGCAUACAGAAUAUAAUAUGAAAUUCAGCCUUAAUACUUUACAUGAAUAUGAGUCUUUUUGUAAGUAUAUUUACUUCAAAUACUGAAUAAGUACUAAUCAGUAUAUUCAUUAUAAGCUACUUGUUUCUAUAAGGCUGGCGAACUGGAAAUGUCAAUUAUAGCUGUCAAGAAAUCAACCUAAAGCCUUUUUUUCCCCCAGAGAUCAUUUGUGGGUAUAUUUAAAUUUUUAUUUAAAAGUAAUAAGCAUUUCCAAUGGAUAUUAAUGUUUAAUAUUCAAAGCAUGCAGAAUAUGAAAUUUAACCUUAAUACUUCAUAUAAAUAUGAGUCUUUUUGGCUUUUCUAAGUUCAAUCUCCCAUUCUUAAUUCACUUUAAUUGUUUCAGGUACACAACAUGUAUCUAAGUAUAAAGCACUGUUAUGUUAGAAGCAGAUGGAAUUAUAAAAUUCCUUGCUCUUUAUAUUUAUACCCUAUUUAACAUAAAAGUUAUUUAUACCUAUAUUUAAUGCAAAGUUAAUAUUCAGUUACAUAUAUAAUUUUUUAAUAAGAAUUGCUUUUAUUUUUCCUAAGAAUUGAAAAUACUUGAUGUCAGCAUUUAUAGAGGCAGGCUGCCAAAUCUAUGUUAUGCUAAGUUAAACACAACUUUUGGGCUUCCCUGGUGGCGCAGUGGUUAAGAGUCCACCUGCCGAUGCAGGGGACACGGGUUCGUGCCCUGGUCCGGGAAGAUCCCACAUGCCGCGGGGGCGGCUGGGCCCGUGAGCCAUGGCCGCUGAGCCUGCGUGUCUGGAGCCUGUGCUCCGCAACGGGAGAGGCCACAACAGUGAGAGAGGCCCGCGUACAGCAAAAAAAACCCCACAACUCUUACUUACCUCAAGCCCAGUUUUCUCUUAGUCUGUGUGUACUUAAAGGGUAUAAGUCCCAAUUAAUUUAUAGUUUAGUGUUGCAUUGUGGGUAAUAUUCAUUUCAUUUGUUAUUUCUAGUUUUUAUGGAAACAUUUUUCAAGAUUUUAAAUAAUAGAUCUUUACCUUUCAUUAAUGACGAUAGUUUAUUAUAGUUUAUUGAACUAUAUUCCUUUGGAGACAUUCCUUUUUGAUGUUGCUAAGGAGAAAUGCUUGUUAAGAUACAAACUCUAGUCAGUUACCUAGGAGGAUGAGAGCUGUCAGAGGAUCCAGACUUUAGCACUUGGUCAAGAACAAAACAUAGUUUAAAAACAUUUCUCACUUAAUUCUAUGUGAAUGCCUCUUCUGAUACUUUUUUUACGAGGACAGAAAGUUGCAGUGAAUCUUCCCCACAAACAAAAAGAAAAAAAAAAGAGCGUGAAGGUUUAAAUCCCUAAUUGUAUACUCUUUUGGUUUUUAGGUAGGAACUGGAACUAUCAAUAUUUUCAUGUAAGUAUUUUAAUGAGUAGCUCUUUAAAAAUGGUUUCUAAAUUAAUUUUUAAAAAUUAAUUUGUCUUCCAAAUGCAUGUUCAGUCACAGUAUAUUGGUAUUGUAUUUUAAAGGUGCUUAGCGUUGCUUUUUUAAAAGUAUGUUUACGUUUUUUAAAUAUUCAGUUAAUUUUAAAAUGCACAGGGUAUUAAAUACAGCGCCUAAAGUUUUCAGUAUCUGUAUUUGGCAUUCUCCUAACAGCUCUGCAGCAAAGUUUGACAUAUGGUCUUUUGUGUCAUGUAUUACAAGGUGUAAUAUCUGUAGUAGAAAGUUGGAUGUUCAGAACAAGCAGUUAGAAUUCAUAAUUACAGCUGAGCUUGUUUCUUUAUUGUAGUUAUCAUUAUAACUAAGCCUCCAAGUGAACAUUAUAUAUACUACAGUGAAUUAUAGAUAAACACAGGCAUGGUGGGUCCUUCCCUCAAUAUUGAUUUUCUGUGUAAGCAGUUAACAUACUUAAAAGAAAAAGCCUUUAUGUCUUAUACAAGGUAAAUGUUUUCUAAAAGUCACAAAACUGAUAGAAAAUAGUCUUGGUGAUAUGGUCCUGCAUUAGAGUUUCUAAUCUUGAGGCCUACCAGCUUGUGUUUCAUCUUUAUAUCCUGUCAAAAUACAUACUUAAUCAUGUGAAUAUGAGAAAGAUGCAGUUUAAUUUUGUACCAGGUUUUUUAAAAAAUUAAAAAAUGUGUGUAUAUGUGUGUGUGUGUAUAUAUAUAUAUAUAGUAACUUAAUGUUUACUGUCCUUGUUAUAAUGUAAUUUUUUUCAUUAAAAAAUACUGUUACUUUUUUCUUAAGCUUGUUAGUUUCCUUUUUAUACUUUUCCUGAGCAUAGUGGUAAUUUUGUUCAUCUUGAAGAUGCUGAAUAAACACAUUAGUACCUGAGAAUUUUGGCUAGAGAUUUAUGUUCAAUUUGGAACCUGAAUGUUUUUAAGCAUAACUACCAGUAACUCCUGUUAUCAUUAUGUUUGGGGAUAUAUAUGCAUUCAGUGCUCUCAACUCAGCCAACUAUCAACAUUUUAAAACAAUGUGUUUAAUAGGGUGUAAGUAAUUCUUUUUCCCCCCCAUAUUUUGGCAUUAUAACAUCUUCAAGUACAGUUUUAUAUUUUUGGAGUAGUGACAGGAGUAUGUGAUUUAAAAAGUCACAUACUUUUGAAAGUCACAAAAUCGUUAAUUUUUUCCCUCUUUGCUUUUUUUUCCCUUUAUUCCACUCUACCUAUUUUUCAGGACCAUAGAAUAUCUUACUCUCUCUCCAGAGGGGGACUGCAUCGUCUCUUCCCCAUCAACUGAUUAGGCUUUAGACAUCUUAAAUAGUGUAUUAUUUUUAUCUAAAUAUCUGUAAUUCUACUCAUUUAACAUAAUGGUAAUGGCAAAGCCUAGUAUACUUUUGCCACAUACAUGUUAGCUAUGAAUUCUGUUGCUGAAUAAUAUAACAUCCAUUGCCGACUGAAUUCUAAAAACUUAAGGAAUUAACUCAGAAUUUUUAAAAAAUCACAUUUGUUAAUGAACCCUAAAUUGAUUCAUGAGAAAAAUAAACUGUAUGAUUAAUAUGGAAAACCUUUGAGAAUGUGAUAUGGGUGUAAGAGUGCAGGGGAGAUGUUGCUUAAUGGUACAAACCUGCAACUAGUAGAUACAUAAUUCCUGGAGAUCUGAUGUACUGCAUGGUGAUUAUAGUCAACAAUACUGUAUUAUAAACAUCAAAGUUGCUCAGAGACUAGAUCUUAAUUGUUCUCACUACAAAAAAGAAAUAAUAAUUAUGUGACAUGAUAGAGGUGUUAGCUAAAGCUACAGUGGUAAUCAUAUCGCAAUAUAUAAAUUAUCGAGUUAACACAUUGUACACCUUAAAUGUUAUAUGUCAAUUAUAUCUCAAUUAUCAAAAGAAUUCUAAAACCAGAGGAGAGAAUGGGAGUUAGAUACCAGCAGAGUUUUAAUUUUUAAAUAUCUCUAUUUAAGUAUAUAAUUGACAUAAAAUAAACUGCACAUAUUUAUAGUAUACAAUUUGGUAAGUUUUGAUGUAUGUAUAUGUCUAUGGAACCAUCACCACAGUCAAAUAAGGAACAUAUCUAUCACCCCCAGAAGAUUCCUGGUGCCCCUUUGUAAUCCAUUCCCACUUCUUCCUGCCUCCACCCUUACCCCACCAUCCCUAAACAACUACUGAAUUGCUUUCUGUCACUAGAGGUCAAUUUAUUAUGUCUACAAUUUUAUAAAAAUGAAAUUGUAUAGUAUGAGCCUUUUUAAAAUCUGACUUCUGUCACUCAGCAUAGUUAUUCUGAGAUUCAUCUAUGUCACAAGAUGUAUGAAUAGUUCAUUCCUUUUUACUGUUGAGUAGUAUUCCAUUGUAUGAAUAUACCAUAAUUUGUUUAUCCAUUCAGCUGUUGAUGGGCAUUGGGUUGUUUACGUUUCUUGGCUAUUACAAAU